AUGGUGACCGUGAGUGAGCGGUGCGGGAAGGCCGCACCCACAACGAUCCCCAGCGCUUGGCCACCAGGACGCCCAGUGACUCCUCUCCUCUGUCUUCUUGUGCAGAAAUGGAAGCUCCACUCUCGGAGGCGCCGAGAAGCCCCGAAGACGUCUCCGGGGUGUCACUGCCCACCAGGACCUCCUGGUCCUGUUGGAAGACCCGGCCUCCCGGGGGACAAAGGUGCCAUUGGGAUGCCCGGACGUGUGGGAGUAAAGGGCCAACCAGGCGAGAAGGGCCAGCCGGGCACCCGAGGGUUUCCUGGAUUUCCGGGUCCCAUUGGGCUAGACGGCAAACCGGGCUACCCCGGACCCAAAGGAGAGAUGGGCCUGGCGGGUCCCCGAGGACAGCCGGGGCCCCAAGGAGAAAAAGGAGAAAAGGGUCAGUGUGGAGAGUACCCGCACCGGGAGUACCUAAGCGGCUCUCUAGCAGCUCUGCACUCCAACCAGAUAAUUACCCUGAAGCUGCUGCCUCUCCUCAAUUCAGUGCGACUGGCUCCACCCCCAGUCAUUAAAAGGCGGACCUUCCAGGGUGAACAGGGCCAGGCCGGUAUCCAAGGCCCACCAGGGCCACCAGGCCCCCCUGGACCAAGUGGACCUCUGGGGCAGCCAGGACUGCCAGGGCCCAUGGGGCCACCUGGCUUUCCUGGGCCUCCUGGACCGAAGGGAGACCCAGGGAUCCAGGGCUACCAUGGCCGGAAGGGAGAACGGGGCAUGCCGGGGAUGCCGGGCAAACACGGAGUGAAGGGGGCUCCUGGCAUCGCCGUGGCGGGGAUGAAGGGAGAACCAGGAACCCCAGGAGCCAAGGGUGAGAAGGGUGCCGCGGGCCUUGGCCUCCUGGGGCAGAAGGGAGAGAAAGGUGAUUCUGGCAACUCCAUUGGAGGAGGCAGAGCGGAGCCCGGCCCCCCAGGGCUCCCCGGGCCCCCAGGGCCAAAGGGAGAAGCUGGUGUCCAUGGCCAGGCCGGCCCCCCCGGAAAGCAGGGGGACAAGGGGGACCCUGGAGCGCCUGGAGAACAGGGACCAGCUGGCCCCAAGGGCUCCAAGGGAGAGCCAGGGAAAGGAGAGGCGGUGGAGUGCAACGCGAGCAUCAAUGAGGCGCUCCAGGGGCCCCCUGGUCUUCCCGGGCAGAUCGGCCCACCUGGAGCUCCAGGGAUCCCCGGCCAGAAGGGGGAGAUUGGACUGCCAGGCCCUCCAGGCCACGAUGGAGAAAAGGGACCUCGAGGCAAACCAGGAGAUAUGGGCCCUCCUGGUCCCCAAGGCCCCCCAGGAAAGCCUGGGCCUGCAGGAAUAAGGGGAGAAGACGGACAUCCGGGGAGCCCGGGAGAGAAAGGGGAGAAAGGGGAGACGGGCCAGGCAGGCCCACCGGGUCUAGAUGGCCCAACUGGGGAGAAAGGAGAACCAGGUGGCCCAGGGAGACCCGGAACGACAGGAUUGCCUGGCCCAAUCGGGCUCCCGGGAUUUACAGGGGAGAAAGGAGAACCUGGGGAAAAGGGUGACCCAGGAGUAGAGGUUCCUGGGCCACCGGGGCCAGAGGGGCCUCCCGGGCCUCCGGGGCUCCAAGGCAUUCCUGGACCAAAGGGGGAAGCAGGACUCGAUGGAGCAAAAGGAGAGCCGGGUGUCCAGGGAGAAAAAGGAGACCGAGGUCCUCUGGGAUUGCCCGGAGCUUCAGGUUUGGACGGCAGACCUGGGCCACCGGGCACUCCAGGACCAAUUGGAGUUCCAGGCCCCGCCGGACCAAAGGGUGAGAGGGGCAGCAAAGGCGACCCUGGGAUGACAGGACCAACGGGAGCAGCUGGGCUUCCGGGUUUACAUGGACCACCCGGGGACAAAGGAAACCGGGGGGAGAGGGGGAAGAAAGGCUCUAGAGGGCCUAAAGGGGAUAAGGGAGACCAAGGAGCGCCUGGAUUAGAUGCCCCCUGCCCGUUGGGCGAAGAUGGCUUACCAGUCCAGGGCUGCUGGAACAAGUGAUGCCUCUAACCUGGGAUUGGCCUGUGUGUGUGUCUGUACAUAGAAUAUUUAUUUUUAUACAGUUUUUACUUUUGGAAAGUGCCCGAAG